GAGAGAAGGAGAAGAGGAAGAAAGAAGAGGAAGAGGAGGAGGAGGAGGUAAAGAAGAAGAAGAAGAAGAAGAAGGAGAAGGAAGACAAGAAGGAUAUGGAAGAAAAUGUUGAAAAACAACAACAACAACAACAACAGCACUGCAACUUUUUCAAAACUCUAAGGAAACUAACAUUUAGAGCCCCAAAAACCACCACCACCAGUAGUAGUAGUAGUAGUAGUAGUAGUAGUAGUAGUAGUAGUAGUGUGAGAACGAAGCGAUUGAUGAGAGAAUUUAAAGUUAUAAGUAGAAAUAUGAACAAAUCUUUCAGUGUCCAUCUCGUGAGUGACUGCCUGGAUGAGUGGCUGGUCAGCCUUCACCAAAUAGCGGAAGAUUCAUUACUUCACCGAGAUAUGCAAGAAUUGGGUAUUUCUUCGAUCUCUCUCUCUUUAAGCUUUCCUGACAAUUUUCCCUUCCAUCCGCCUUUCCUCAGAGUCCUCGCGCCCAGGCUGGAAAAGGGGUUUGUGAUGGAGGGCGGGGCGAUAUGCAUGGAGCUGCUCACGCCGAAGGGAUGGGCGUCCGCUUACACUGUGGAGGCGAUCAUCAUGCAGUUUGCGGCCAGUCUUAUAAAGGGGCAAGGUCGUAUCAGCAGGCAGGGUGGCAAGGCGGGGACCAGCCACGCGUUCUCCAAGAUGUCAGCAGAGCAGUCCUUCAAAUCACUGGUCAAAACUCACGAUAAACACGGCUGGCUCACUCCACCACUGUCUGAAGGCUGACUGGCUGGUCGUAGGAGGGUCGUAAGGGCUCGUGGGGGGUCGUAAGGGGUCGUAGGGACAUUCACGAGGCAUUGGGACGUGUGAGAGAGAGAGAAAGAGAGAAAGAGCUGGCUGGGUGGUCGUGGGGGGUCGUAGGAGGUCGUAGGAGAGUCGUAAGGGGUCGUUGGGACAUUCACGAGGCAUUGGGACGUGUGAGAGAGAGAGAAAGAGAGAAAGAGCUGGCUGGGUGGUCGUGGGGGUUCGUAGGGGUCGUAGGGGUCGUUGGGACAUUCACGAGGCAUUGGGGACGUGUGAGAGAGAGAGAAAGAGAGAAAGAGCUGGCUGGGUGGUCGUAAAGGGUCGUGGGGGGUCGUAGGAGGGUCGUAGGGGGUCGUUGGGGGUCGUUGGGACAUUCACGAGGCAUUGGGGACGUGUGAGAGAGAGAAAGAGAGAAAGAGCUGGCUGGAUGGUCGUAAAGGGUCGUGGGGGGUCGUAGGAGGGUCGUAAGGGGUCGUAAGAGGUCGUAAGGGGUCGUUGGGACAUUCACGAGGCAUUGGGGACGUGUGAGAGAGAGAGAAAGAGAGAAAGAGCUGACUGGGAGGUAUUUGGAGGUCGUAGGAGGGUCGUAAGGGUCGUGUUUGAGAGAGAAAGAGCUUAUGUAUACAAAUUAUUAUUAUUAUUAUUAUUAUUAUUAUUAUUAUUAAGUGUUUGAGAUGUAUAUUAAUAAAACAAAUUAUAUAUAUAUAUAUGUAAUAAA